AGGAGAACGACGGCAAAGCGACAACGCCCGCCAAAGCGACGCCGUUUCCCUCUUCCCUUCCCCUCCCUCACCUCACCACAUCCACCCCUCUCCCCUGCCUCUGCAAGCCCUAUCUCCCUGCCCUGCCCUACUUGGUACAACCCUUCUCUCUCUCUUUCUCUCUACUGGGGCGGGCGCCUUUUCAAUUCUUUAGCUCCUGCGCGGCGUUGUUGUCUAUGUGUCGUAUCGGCUCGUUUCUUACUUGAUCGCGGCCUCAAUUUUGGCUAGUCUUGUGAAUCUUGGUGAGGAAGGGAGUGGCGACAUAGAUUUCCUGGGGUUGAGGGUCAACGCUGAAGCUUGUCCGUGGGGAUCUUGAGCGGACUAUCAAUCCACCCAGAAGAUAUAGUAAGAGGCCGUUGUGUAUUAUGCUUCGGGCCUUAGUCUGAUCCUCUUGGAAGCUUUGAUGAUUGAACUAAUUUUGCGAUGCGGAAUUGUUUGGUUGCUAUUUUCAUGUUCAAUGGCUUCUCUCACAUAGAGUCAUAAUUAUUUGGUUGAGCUGGGAACUGGGUCUUGGAAGGCGGUUUUCCUGCUUCUCAGUUCUAUGAUAUCUUUAUUUGGUGUUGUCUUGGACUUAGAUGGACGUUCCUCCGCUGGAACUACAUACUGAGAGCAAUACUGACACUUACCCAUUGUUAAUGGAGAGGGCAGAGAACCGUAACAGAAGUGAGUAUGUCAUUGAUAUCAGGAGCGGUGAUGCUUCCUCCAGUUCACAUCAUGAUAGACCUUCUAAUACCUCAGACACAUCGCAAAAUGCGGAGAGAUCUUCUGCAAGUACACGAGGGACAGCCGCUCAAUCAUCGGGCCCUUCUACAAAUGGUGUAAGUGCGAGAAAUUCCUCCUCAUCUGGAAGGAGAGGGGAUACCCGUCGCCGCAGGAGUCCGUUAAAUUCAGGGUUGUGGAUAUCUGUUGAACUGGUUCUCACAGUGAGUCAGAUUGUUGCUUCCAUAGUUGUCUUGUCCAUAUCGAGGGACGAACACCCGCGAGCUCCUUUAUUUGUAUGGAUCGUCGGCUAUGCAUCGGGAUGUGUUGCCACUUUGCCUCUCCUUUACUGGCGUUACCGGAACCGUAAUCAAGUCUCUGAACAUGAUUCAGCCCAAACCCGUCCAGCAUCUCCGCAAAUAAAUGCCGGGGCAUUUUCUGCUUCAGUCACGAGAACUACAGAGGGAGAUGAUCGCCAGAGUGCCAGUGCAUCUCCAAGAACUAGCCAAAAUGCUGGAGUUAUGACUGCAAGAUUGAAAGCACUGAUGGAAUACUUUAAAAUGGGGUUGGAUUGUUUCUUUGCUGUUUGGUUUGUUGUGGGCAAUGUGUGGAUCUUUGGAGGUCAUUCAUCUGCUAAUGAGGCACCCAACAUGUACAGACUCUGUAUCGUAUUUCUUACCUUUAGUUGUAUUGGGUACGCUAUGCCCUUCAUUUUAUGCGCAACAAUCUGCUGCUGCCUGCCCUGUAUUAUUUCGAUUCUUGGGUUUAGAGAAGAUCUGUCAAGAACAAGAGGGGCCACAGCAGAGGCAAUUGAGGCACUUCCGACUUAUAAGUUCAAGUUAAAGAAAAGUCGAAGUGGAAAUGAUCGAGAAGGCAACUCAAGUGCUGGUGAUGGAGGGGUUGUGGCUGCUGGAACAGAAAGAGAGCGCAUCAUCUCGGGAGAAGAUGCAGUUUGCUGCAUAUGCUUGGCGAAGUAUGCAAACAAUGAGGAGCUGAGGGAACUCCCCUGCUCUCACUUCUUCCACAAGGAGUGCGUGGACAAGUGGCUUAAGAUCAACGCCCUGUGCCCUCUCUGCAAAAGCGAGGUCGGUGCCAACGCAGAGUCUCGUGCUGAAACAAACUGAUCAUUAGGAGGAGAGAACAAGAAAGCGGUUUGCUAGUUAUUGCAGUGUAAUAUCCACAUUGACCCCUAAGAGCAUAUAUAAUAUCACCAAAGCCAACAUUUAAGUUGGAAGAUGUUCUCUUCAUGGGUAUAUCGGAGCUAGCUGUCCAUUUCAUUUUAGUCAUGUUGCCUUGUUUUCGGGGAUGGGGGUGCAAAAGAAGAAAAAGGGAAAUGGAAAUUGUAGCUUAAGGCCUUUGUACAUACACGAAAACUCGGAACAGCAUCACCUCCACGGGGUCAGAGGACUGAAGCAGACUGGACAGAAUCCGUACAUAUGACUCUCAAUGUGUGUUGUGCUAUAUUUGGUUUUUGUGGAGAUGGCUCAAGGGGAAAGCCUUUUUUGUAUUUUCUGCAAUUUACAGGGAAUGGAAAAGGUAAACAGAACGCGAGAUCCCACAUAUCAUUUCCUA